CUUUCUUUUUAUCUGUUUUCCUUGAAUAUGGGAAGAGGACGCAUCCUUUGUAAUUCUGCAUAGAAUAUUUGAUUCUGAGCGAAUAAAGUUCUGGGAAUUGUUGGUUCCUUAAUUUAUUGUAUAAAAUUUCUGCUCUUUCUUCUUUUAUUGUUUUCAGUUGGGAGAAUUUUUACAGAUUUUUUUUGAUUUUUUAAGAAAUGGAUGAUGAGUAUGCUAAGCUUAUCAGGAGGAUGAACCCACCCAGAGUUGUGAUUGACAAUGAUGCCUACGAGGAUGUCACUGUUAUUCAGGUUGACAGUGUUAACAGACAUGGAAUUCUCCUAGAAGUUGUCCAGGUGCUUACUGAUAUGAACCUUAUAAUAACAAAAGCAUAUAUAUCAUCAGAUGGGGGCUGGUUUAUGGAUGUGUUUAAUGUUGUUGACAAUGAUGGGAACAAAAUCAGAGACAAGGAUGUUCUCCACUACAUGCAGAGGAGACUUGAAAACAAUGCAGGCUCUGUCUCACGUAGAGGGUCUGUUGGGGUACUACCCUCAGAGGAGCAUACGUCAAUUGAACUUCUUGGUACUGACAGACCUGGUUUAUUCUCUGAAGUAUGUGCAGUUCUUGCAGACCUCCACUGCAGUGUUGUGAAUGCUGAGAUAUGGACACACAAUUGUAGGGCUGCAGCUGUAGUUCAUGUCACAGAUGAUGCAACAGGGUGUGCAAUUAAGGAUCCAAAACGUCUCUCAACAAUUAAGGAUUUGCUUUGCAAUGUUCUCAAAGCAAGUAAUGACUUGAAAACAGCAAAAAUGAUGCUUUCAGUCCCUGGUACAAUGCAUAGGGAAAGAAGGUUGCAUCAGAUCAUGUUUGCAGAUAGGGACUAUGAAAGGGUUGAUAUGGCAGGUGUAAGGGGGGUAGAGGAUGAGAGCUCAAGACCACAUGUCACUCUGUUGAAUAUUGAGAAAGAUUAUACAGUAAUUACCAUGAGGUCAAAAGAUCGGCCAAAACUGUUGUUUGAUAUUGUUUGCACUCUUACAGACAUGCAAUAUGUGGUUUAUCAUGGCAUGGUCAACACUGGAGAGAUGGAAGCUUACCAGGAAUUCUAUAUUCGACAUGUGGAUGGGCUCCCCAUAAGCUCGGAAGCUGAGAGAGAACGUGUCAAACAAUGUCUUGAAGCAGCCAUUGAGAGGCGGGCAUCUGAGGGACUGGAGCUAGAAUUAUGCACAGAAGAUCGAGUUGGACUCCUCUCAGAUAUCACCAGAAUUUUCCGUGAGAACAGUUUGUGUAUCAAGAGGGCCUUAAUUUCAACAAAAGGUGGCAAGGCCAAAGACACCUUCUAUGUGACAGAUGUGACAGGAAACCCUGUAGAUCCCAAGAUCAUUGACUCUAUUCGCCAAGAAAUUGGGCAGACUGCAUUACAAGUGAAACAUAACUCAAGCCUCCCACCAAAGACUCCUCAACAAGAAACAACCAUGGGUUAUCUCUUUGGCAACCUAUUCAAAGCUCGAACUUUCAAAUUGAUCAGAUCUUACCCUUGAUUACUGCUUGUACGUUCUGCCUCAGUAGAUAUUCGUACAGGAAUACUAGUCCUUAAACCCAAAAGAUAAACAUUCAGCGCUAACUUUCCAAUACUGUAGAUGAAAGUUAAACACACCUGGAGCCAGAUUCCACCCUAUUCUAUAGAAGUUGCUGGUACAUCUUUAUAUUCCCACUAUGUAAGUUCUGUACAGUAUAGUGUUGCAUGGAUUGUACAACUCUAGAAGUUUGUACAGACGAAGAAGAAUCUUUGUGAAUAUUUUUAAACCUCAGCCAAGAAAAACAUUGUAAAUAUCAUGUAUAUUGUGCAGCACGUAUGUAUAUAAAUCAUAGAUAAUGUG